AUGUUUUCAUCGCUCGAAGACAACUUCGUGGCAGCAUCAUGCGUAUUGCGCAUAGAACCCCCACGUGAAGACGGGAUGCUCGAGAAAGUAAAAAUAGAGUCGCCGGGAAUUUCGGGACCUAAUGAUGAAGAGGAGAUCUUCUACCCAGAGGGAGGCCUAGAAGCAUGGCUUGCGGUAAUGGGUUCGUUCUGCGGAAUGCUAUCUUGCUAUGGUUACAUGAACAGCAUAAGCACUUACCAAGCGUAUCUUUCCACCCAUCAAUUACGCGACUACAGCGACAGCUCUACCGGAUGGAUCUUCAGCAUAUACAUAUCCCUAACAUUUCUUUGCAGAAUCUUUGUGGGGCCAAUGUUCGAUGCUCAAGGAUCCAGAGUUCUAGUUCUUGUCGGGAGCGCUUUGAUGAUGCUGAGUAUCAUGUUGAUGGGCGUGUGUACAGAAUAUUAUCAGUUCCUGAUCGUUUUCGGCAUUCUUGGGGGGGUUGGAACAUCAUUGGUCGUCACUCCAGCCACUACAGCCAUUGGUCAUUUCUUCAAUACCACUCGUGGCUACGCUACUGGUAUUGCUUGUACAGGAGGUUCCGUCGGUGGUAUCCCUGUCACCUACCUGACCAGCUACUGA